AUGGGUGAUCCUGCAGCGGCCGGUGAUCACGGGUCAAGCGUCCGCGCAUGGCAUAGCUACGAUUGGGAGGAGGUGAUUGCAGGCCGGCAAUCAGCCGGACGGUACUUUGUUCGAAGUGGCCUUGUCCGCAAAGACAAGCUGAUUGGCUUUGUGCCUGCCGGAUGUCAUCCGCCAUCUGCCAGUGUGAAGACUUUCCGAGAGCUGCAAGCUGGUCUUCGAGCCUUGGGCUGUGGAAAGCAGCCUCAGACGAAGGAGGUGCGCUACGUGCUGAAGAAGGCACACUCGUCGAACGCCUAUGGCAUCCGAUUCCUCACAGAAAGUGAGGCACUUGCUCUUUUGCAAGUCAUGCACUUUCCGGGCAGUUUCACGCAUGCGGCCCGGGUAGCUUCUGCAGCCCUGCUUUGCUUCCUGGGCUCUGCGCUUUUUCAUCGAAAACGGUCGUCAGGCACGUGGCCCAAGGCAGUCCUGCUGCUAAGCGGCCUUGGGAUUGUGGUGGGCUGCGCCGUCAGGCAACUCCGGCGUUGGCAAGAUCUGGCUUCCUGGAACACCCAUGAGCUUGUGCAGCGCGCGCCCGCCGACGAGAAGCUCCAGGUUUGGGUGCUGCAAAGGAGCAUCGAGCCAUAUUUGCACGAUGGUCGCAAGUUCCACUUGAGAGCUCUCUUGCUUUGUGUCGGGGACUUGACAGCCCAUGUGUACUCCGACGUACGGAUGCUGAUGGCCACCACCGCGUACCGGGAAGGUAGCGAAGACAGCAUGCGCUCGGAUGUUCACAUCACGAACAUGGGCGUCAACUCUGCCGUCUCAGGCUAUUCUGAAGAGGCUCAGAACCUUGGGCUGCAGAUGCUGGGGGAGAAGCUGGCAGAAAAAGUCUUCAAUCAGGUGCUGAAGGUGCUCGGUGGCACCUUGGCAAACCUGCGGGCUGCUGGGCGGCGACACUUCUUUGCACUCCCGAACUGCUGGGAGCUGUUUGGUGCAGAUUUCCUGAUAGAUUGUGAUGGUUCUGCGAUUCUGCUCGAAGUUAACCCUUCGCCUUCCUUGGCAAUGUACGGGAAAGGAGCAUCUGUCCAAGACUUGGUGGGGCCGGACCCCUUCGGUGACCUUUCGACAGCGUGGCGCAUGCUGGAGAUAAGUUAG